AUGGCCUGCUCUGACUCGUGUAAAACUCUCGAAGAGGACAAUUAUGAGGGCGCGGUGGGUGGGGAGCUGUCCGACUGCGCUAUGGCCAUGCUUGAAAAGGAGCGCGAGUCCGUCCUGAGCCCAGGGGAGGGGCCCACGACCUUCCUCAGCAACGGCAGUAGCCCCCCACCUCCGGCCCCCCAGCAGGGCUACGACGUGGAGUUCGACCCCCCUUUGGAGAGCAAGUACGAGUGCCCUAUCUGCCUCAUGGCACUCCGCAACGCCGUCCAGACGCCCUGCGGACAUCGCUUCUGCAAGAACUGCAUUGAGAAAUCCAUACGGGACACGGGACAGAGAUGCCCAGUGGACAACGAGAUGCUCUCUGAGGACCAGCUGUUUCCUGAUAACUUUGCCAAAAGAGAGAUUCUGUCUCUCACCGUUCGCUGCCCCAACACCGGCUGCACCGACAAGAUGGAGCUCCGGCAGCUAGAGAGCCACGUGUCCCAGUGUGAGUUCUCCACCGUUCCCUGCCCUCACUGUCAGAGCGCCCUGAGGAAAAGUCUGGUGGAGCAGCACGCCGCCGAGGAGUGUCCACGCCGACCCGUGUCCUGUCCCGAGUGCGUGGCCUACUACACCUACGAGGAGCGAGAGGUCCACAUGCAGCUGUGCCCCUUUGCGAGUGUGACGUGUCAGUACUGCGACAUGGACCUCCUUCGGGACCAGAUGGAAUCCCACUGUGACACAGACUGUCCCAAGGCCCCCAUAGCGUGCAAUUUUAGUAUAUUUGGCUGUAAAGAAAGGAUGCUCCGUCAUGACCUGGCUCAGCACAUGCAGGACUUCACCCAGAUGCACAUGAGGUACAUGGCUGACUUCCUCCGUGGCCUCAACGUGAACGGCACCAAGCCUCGAGCUCCCAGAAUGCCCUGCUCCUCCGCCUCCCUGGACGAGCCGGGGCUCUCCUCCCCUUGUGCGCAGAGGGCCCCCGCCUGCAAUAGCGCCCCCUGUCAACUCAGUGAGGAGAUGCAGCGUGUGCGGGAGAUGGACGCACGUCUGGUCAAGCAGGACCACCAGCUCCGAGAACUCAUCAUCCUCAAAGAGACUCAGAGCGGUCAGUUGGCAGAGAUGCGGCGCCGGGUGUCGCUGCUGGAGGAGACGGUGAAGGAGCUGGAGGCUCAGCAGUGCCAUGGUGUGUUCAUCUGGAGGCUGCGUACCUUUUCAGCGCUUCUGAAGAAUCAGGAAGCAGGACAGCCGGUGGUGGAGCACAGCCCCGGCUUCUACACGGGACGUCCCGGAUACAAGCUGUGUCUGAGGCUGCACCUGCAGACGCCCAACGCCCCGCGCUGCUCCAGCUACAUCUCCCUCUUUGUCCACACCAUGCAGGGCUGCUACGACAGCCAGCUGUCAUGGCCCUUCCAGGGCAUCAUCCGCCUAGCCAUCCUGGACCAGGGGCCCGAGGGCAAGCACCAGAUGGAGAUGAUGGAGACCAAACCAGACCUUCAGGCCUUCCAGAAGCCCACCAUCCAACGCAACCCCAAAGGCUUUGGUUACGUCACCUUCAUGCACCUGAACCAGCUGCAGCAGAGAGCCUUCAUCAAAGACGACACGCUGCUCAUCCGCUGUGAGAUCAGCCCUCGCUUUGACACAGGGCCAAAGGAGGGGCCCGCUGUGCAGGCGCGGGGCAGUGCAGGCCCAGGCCCCUGA